GAGAUUACUUUAUUUGUUUGAGGUGUCUUAACUGUUCUUGAAAACCACAGUUCUCAUUUUGUGACUUGCGUGCCUGUCUACACCAGAAACCAUUGUGGAAAAUGAGAAUGGCGUGUUUGACAUUUUCUUACAAAGUGCUCAUCGUUGGUGUUAUCUUGGCAGUGCUAACUGACGGUGAAAGUACGCCUAAAUAUCCAUCAAGUAGCGGAGUAAAUUCUACUUCAACACCUGAUCCUGAUGAUUUCACGAGCCACUUCAAUUCAACAAUGGAGGAGAUUUCAACUCCAUCUCCAAGAAUUGUUACUGAAACUGCUUCCAAUUCCAAUUCAUCCUAUAACUACACCUUUGCUACCACGGAUCAAUAUAAUAAUGGCAGUACCAGUCCACAUGGUAAUUUAAGUUAUAGCCUAGUUCAGGAAAGGCAUGUCAGUGACAUUCCAGGUAACACCUCAACUACCAGCACCACGGAAGGAGAUACCUCCACUGAGCCACACGCCUCGACAGGUCAGACUUCAAAGCAACAGGGACCUCCAGCUGCCACAACCUCUUCAACUCAGACUUCCAUUUCAAAAGAGAGCAGCACUUGGACAUCUCACUUCACUUCAACUUCGCAGCCCCCUCCGGAGUCAGAAAAUUCUAUAGCACCCGGCAUCCUAAUUGCAUUAUUCAUCUUGGCGCUGACUAUCGUUUUAUUAUGCUUGAUUGGUUGUUAUCUGCACCGAAGAAAACAUAGAUCUUCCUUUGACCUCUCCUACAAAACUGCUGAGGAUGUUAACAUCCCCUUGAGUAGUCCAAUGCUUUCAGGAGGCUUUGAACUUAAACCAGACCAAGAAAACAACAAAGGCGAUACGAAGGUGAAUAAUGACAAGAAUGACCAUGAUCAAGCUUCAGUGCCCACCCACAAUUUGUCCAAGGAAAUCAAUGAGAAACAAAACAACUGUGAGACGGAAAUAAACCAUCUUCCAGAAAAAGCUGACCAAGAAGGUACGGACGUUCUUGAGGACUGGAACUUCAAGUCUGCUGCCUCUUCAUUCACCGACAUUAACCUGAUGGACUGCAUCACCAAAGAAUGACUUGGAUUCGAUUCAGAAGUCUACUCAGAUGGGAAGUCAUUUGUUUGAUUGAAACCUGAAGAUGACCAUAAGUCUCAUAACGUUACGUGAAGCCGAAUUUGCCCCUUGGAUCAACAGGAAAAUAUUUACUCACAAUUCCUGUGACCGUCUGAAAAGCUUGGAUUAGUUGUAUCAGUUUUGGUAAAUGUUCCCUGAUUAACUGAAGAUUGGUGUCUUAGAUAGACACAAAAUGCUGGCGUAACUCAACAGGACAGGCGGCAUCUCUGGAUAGAAGGAAUGGGUGACG